GCUGGGGUCAAAAGCGCUGCGGCGGCCGCGCUGACGGCAGGGACGGGACGGCUGCGCUGCGUUCCCAUUCCCACUCCCAUGGAUCCCACCCCGAGCGCUUCCCACCGCCGCCGCCUCCUGCUUCUCCCGCCGGCGUCCCCCGCCUCGCCCGCCGUGGUGAAGGCGCUCUUCCAGGAUGAGCUCUCGCCUGUCUCCGAUCUCCGCCUCACCAUGGAGCAGCUGGGGCGCGGGCAACAUGAAAACCUGGACCAAGACAUGGGAACCAAAAAUGGAUUACACAGAUCAGCAUCUUCAGAGUCCACAGACUCAGGUUUGGCUUUGGAUUCUCCUGGCCCUGCGACCUCACACGACACCAUGGAGGACACGUUUGAGAAAGCAAUCAAAUCCAGCAGGAUGAACCUUCGAAUACCUUUCAGAAGAAUCCAUUCCCUGCCACAAAGCCUGCUGGGCUGCAGCCCUGCUCUGAAGAGAAACCACUCUGACUCUCUGGACACUGAUGCUUUCCAGCCUUUGGAACAGGAUGAAAACAAGGAAAAUGAAUCAUUUGAGUUUAAGAAGCCAACCAAGCCAGCUUCUCGUGGCUGCCGUGAUGGAAGGGGUGUUGGAGCAAGGCAGAAUUCAUCUCCAGCUCAGCUGCCCACGGGGGAAGCAGCCUCGGGGGAGCAGGAGAACUCCAGGGCAGCGCUCCUGCAGCAGCAUUCCCUGCCCUCCUCGGAGAGCGAGGAUGACGACGGCUUCCUGGAGCUGCUGGAUGACCAGGACCUGAAGAACGACGAGGAGAUGCCCUCGGACGUGUCCAGUCUCUGGACGGCGCCGCUGGUCAUGAGGAGAGCGGAGAAUCGGGCCAAGAGGUGCCGCUUGUUUGGGUCUUCAUCCAUGUCAAGCAUUGCAGGAAGAACCACCCAGAAAAGGAUGGAGAGAUCCCAGGAGGAGAAUUCUCCAAGCAAAAGCAAGAAGAGGAAAAGCCUGCCUGGAACUUCUGAGGACUCCACGUGCCUGAAGCUGGUGAGGACCCAGCCCUCCACAGCAGAGAUUGAGAGCAUCUUGGACAGUGACCAGAGGGACCUUAUUGGGGACUUCUCCAAGAGUUAUUUAUUUGACACUGUCGAUGGGAAACAUCAAGAUUUAAAAUACAUCGACUCAGAAAUGAUUGUGUCUGUGCUGACUGGGAAGUUUGAGAGCUUCAUCAAGCAGUGUGUGAUAAUUGACUGCAGAUACCCCUAUGAGUACGAAGGGGGGCACAUCAAGGGUGCCAUAAACCUGCACAUGGAAGAGGAGGUGCAGAAUUUCCUGCUGAAGAAGCCGAUCCAGCCGUCGGAGAACAAGCGCGUCAUCGUGGUGUUCCACUGCGAGUUCUCCUCGGAGCGGGGCCCUCGCAUGUGCCGGUUUGUGAGGGAGCAGGACAGGUUGAGCAAUGAGUACCCCAACCUGCACUACCCAGAGCUCUACGUGCUCAAGGGGGGCUACAAGGAUUUCUUCUCGAGGUGCCAGAGCUUCUGUGAGCCCCAGAGCUACCGGCCCAUGCACCACAAGGACUUCAAGGAGGACCUGAAGAGAUUCCGCACCAAGAGCCGCACCUGGGCCGGGGAGAAGAGCAAGAGGGAGAUGUACAGCCGGCUCAAGAAGCUCUGAGGCUGCAGGGAGCUGCAAGGACUGCCCAGCCUGGGGGCUGCAGUGGGAGAUCCACGUGUUCCAGUGCUCCUUCUCCUCCCUGGGAUCACCUGGAGCUUGGCCCCACCAGCUGGACCUUGGGAUCGUUUUGGUUACGUUGCUUCAUGAAAAUGUUGUGGCUUCUUGUGUUGUGUGACACCCCCAGUAGCCCAGGGAGGGUGGGGACAGCCUGGUGGGGCUGGGCUGGGUGGUGUCAGCACUGCCAGGGAAUUGUAGUGCCUGUUAAUUUUUAAAUGCUUAAUUUUAUUUAAAUACAGUCAAAUGAAGCCAAUAGCGCUGCGGUUGGGUCAUCUGGAUUGUACUUAAACCUUGUUUGUGCUGCAGGGCAACCUGCUGGGGGGGAUUGGGCUCCUUGGUUCUCUCAGCUGCAGUUUUGGUUCUGUGUUUUGUGGGGGAGGAAGAUGGGAAAUGGCCCCUGAUGGCUCGAGAUUCCCACAUGGGAAGAGCCUGGGGAGCCCAUCUGAGGGGAAAUGCUUGUUGUUCACAGACAUCACGUUCACCUGGGUACUCCAGGCUGUUCAUUUCAUUGUUCCUGUUGGUUCUGCAGCAGUUGGUGUUUCAUGGAGGGAGAGUUUUUGGGAGCUGAGGGGUUCAGCACUUGGGUGCUCCCAGGAUUCUCAGCAGUGUCACUGCUGCCUGGGAGUUGUUCCUGCCCUGCAGCAUUGCCAGAGCAGAUCCUGACCCCAGGGAGCUGCUGUGACACUGCUGGGGGUGGCUGUGGCCACUUCUCUGCCUGCCAGGAAAGGCAGGAGCUGGAAUUAAUCCCUGAGGGAAGCAGAACUUCCUUGGCUGUGCUGGAUCCCCCAGCUGAGGAAGUUCUGCACUCCCAAACUGCUUUGCUGCUGGUUUUGGGGUCACUUCAGCCCCAGCUUUUCAAUCCAUUUUCCUCACACCAACUGCCAUGUUGAGAACUGGUGCUCCUGGGAAGCUCCACGUGCCUGGGAACUUCCUGGUUUACUCUGUUGUAUCCAUGUCAAAAAAUACUGAGAUGAGGUGCCUUAUGUGGAAUUUCAAUUUGCUGUUUUUUGGAAACCUCUUUCUUCAAACCUGCUGUUAAUCCUUUUGUUCCCAAGAGGAUUAAACUUGGAGUUCUUUCUUGU